ACCAAUCAGAGAAGGCCUGUCUGUAGCUGCUCAGACUGGCUUUAAAAACAGGCUGCUGUUUCCAGCCGAGUAUCCACCAUUCUCAACUCCAAGACUAUACACAGAGGAGUUCCAACACUAUGAAGAUGUAUCUAGCACUUUUCGCUGUGUGCCUCAGCACAGUAUUUGCUGCUCCAAGUCUGGACCGUGAUUUAGACGACCACUGGGAACAGUGGAAGAAGUGGCACAGUAAAAAAUACCACGAGAAGGAAGAGGGAUGGAGGAGAAUGGUGUGGGAAAAGAACUUGAAAAAGAUCGAGAUGCACAACCUUGAUCACUCUCUGGGAAUUCACACUUACCGCCUGGGAAUGAACCACUUUGGAGACAUGACCCAUGAGGAAUUCAGGCAGAUCAUGAACGGGUACAAGCACAAGAAGGAAAGGAAGGUCAGGGGUUCUGUGUUCAUGGAGCCCAACUUCCUGGAGGCCCCAGCCCAGGUGGACUGGAGAGAGAAGGGAUACGUCACCCCCGUAAAAGAUCAGGGCGAAUGUGGUUCUUGCUGGGCGUUCAGCACCACUGGAGCCAUGGAGGGUCAGCAGUUCAGAAAGACCGGAAAGUUGGUGUCCCUCAGUGAGCAGAACCUGGUUGACUGUUCCCGCCCUGAAGGUAAUGAGGGCUGCAAUGGAGGUCUCAUGGACCAAGCCUUCCAGUACAUCAAGGACCAAGGUGGUCUGGACACAGAGGACUCUUACCCUUACCUUGGAACUGAUGACCAGCCCUGCCACUACGAUCCCCAAAACAGCGCAGCCAAUGACACUGGCUUCGUUGACAUCACCAGUGGAAAGGAACAUGCCCUGAUGAAAGCAGUGGCUUCAGUUGGUCCAGUGUCUGUGGCCAUUGAUGCUGGACAUGAGUCCUUCCAGUUCUACCAGUCAGGUAUCUACUAUGAGAAGGACUGCAGCAGUGAGGAGCUGGACCAUGGUGUUCUGGUGGUUGGUUAUGGGUUCCAGGGUGAAGAUGUCGAUGGCAAGAAGUACUGGAUCGUCAAGAACAGCUGGAGCGAGAACUGGGGUGACAAGGGAUACAUCUACAUGGCCAAGGACAGACACAAUCACUGUGGUAUUGCUACAGCAGCUAGCUACCCACUAGUCUAACAAGAGAGUGACUCCGUUACACGACAGUUUCUUCAAAACAACAUGGUGUUAUAGUUCACUACUAUGAGGCUCUCUUCUGCACUGUUGCUCUGUGAAGUGCACCAGUGCAGUGAAGAGCUAGUCAACAGAGCUACAGGAAAUGUAAUCCAGCCUGAAUGAGGCUUUGGUAUGAAUGGAUUGCCUAUAUGCCUGUACUGUUGGUUUUUAUGUGAAAAACACUGUCAUAGGGAAUUUAUGCAAUUGUUUUUAGUGAGUAGAGAAUUUUGUUGAUUUUUUAUUUUUCUGCCUAAUGUAUAUAAUGUUCAUUUUAAAGAGGUGUUACUUGCCAAAAUGUUAAUGUUUUUUUUUUUUCUACUUUCACAACUGAUUAAACCUGUGGAAAAGAAACAAA